AUGGCCAGCGGUUCUGCGGAGAAGACAGGCAGAGCCGGCCUUGAUGGGGAGCACAGCAGGAUGAGGGGCGUGGGGGAGACUCAGUCUCCUGUGGGAUUACUUGGGACACCGAGUCGCAGCUUCACCGCAAAGGAACCUUCCGUGUCACACAAGGUAGCGUCAGCACCUGGGCAAGGGCUGGACAAUGUCUGCUCCCCUCACCAAAUGUGGAGACCGGAAGACCGUGCCCUGCUUGGAGACAUGCACCCGGCUACACACAGGCUGACCCCUGCCCCCAGCCUCUGUGUCCAGCAUGGGUUGGUCCCUUCCUGGGCCAAACCUGGAGCUCAGUGUUGGAACGCCAUCUCCAUCCUAGUCCGAGCACUGGCCUUGUCCUUAGUCCAACGUAGGACCAGUGCCCAGGAAGGAGCAGUGCUCUCUCUCCACCCCAGGCCCCGGCCGGCACAACCUCUGCCUCAGGGGCUGGCUCAGAGCAGCGCGCACUCAGCAUGGGGCUGGGGUACCGCCGGCCUGCAGCCGGGACUCCUCUCUGCUGGCACGCUUUGGAGACAGCUGGACCAACUGCUGGCUGUCACAGGAGGGGGGCUACUCUGGGGGCUCCAAGUACAGCAGCUAGACAGAGAGCCACGCCCCCAGCCCAGGCAGGGUGGGCAGGCAAAGGGAGGGGAAGGGACCAUGGGUGGGGUAUUCAGAGCCCUGAGCCGCCCUGUGGUUAAGGCCCCUGCAAUUAGCCUGCCCUGUCAUUGGCCCGGCCACAGCAAGGCCCAGGGGCCUCACACCCAACCACACAGGGUGUGCGUGUGUCCCUGGCAGCCCCCACUCUGCCAGGCUCUGCUGCGGCUGGCGGGGGGUUACGUGAGGGAGGUAAACUGCCUUGAGGAUGUGUACUCGCCCCCCACGUCUCCCUCUCUGUACAAUCGUGCAUGUGCGGAGUGUGCUCCUGUGCACGAGGUGUGA